UGAAAAACGUUGAAGGCGCCAGCUUUCUGCGGAAUGUAGCUGCUGGAUUCUUGUUGAACUUUUUGGUGGAUCAGGAUAUGUUGUACAAGAAGAUAUACUUCGCCAGGCACUCGAGGAGGACAUGGUACCAAUUGUUUGCAGCGUUUUGGAAGAAGAUGGAAUUAGCGGUGGCGAAGCGGCGAUGCACGUGUUACUCACUCUAGGGAUAUUGAACGACGAGAACAUUAUAUUUCUCGACGAGAGAUUGACGAGAGUUCUGGUUGACAUACUAGCCAAUGACACUUCUUCUGAGCUGUCUGAGAUGUGCUUGGAGCUCUUGCACGGCCAAGCGGAAGACGAAAAUGCAAAGCUAUUGUUGGCUAAGGCAGGAGUGUGUGAAUUGCUCCUGAAACUAUUGGAGAAACAUGGCCCCCAAUGCAACGAUGAGGAAACUCGGUCAAUUCUCAAAGUUGCCUGUAACUUAAUCGUUUUGAUUUUAACUGGAGAUGACAGCAUGAAUUUUCUGUACGACGAUAGCAAGGGUCCUGUGUACAAGAAGCUAGUAGAAUGGCUGGAGAGCUUUGACGAAGACUUGCAGAUCACCGCCGUUUUGGCCAUGGGCAAUGUCGCGCGGACCGACACACAUUGCAAGCGCAUGGUCGAACAGGGGAUUCAUCGGAAGCUGUUAAAAAUUCUUGAAAAAAACGGCACCAAAUCAGGCGAUAUUAGAUGCCAGCAUGCCUUGCUCAGCGCGUUACGUAAUCUCGUUAUACCCGCGGACAACAAAUCACCGAUUCUUGCCGAUGGUUUGAUCGACGUUCUCUAUCCAAUGCUGGAGAUUCCUACCUUCCCCGUCGUUUUCAAAUUACUGGGAACGCUUAGGAUAGUCAUAGACGGUCAAAGGGAAGCCGCGAUCUCUUUAGGACGAAGAGAGGACUUGAUUAAGCGGGCAGUUGAGUGGUGCAGUACCGAAGAUCAUCCUGGUGUCCAAGGUGAAGCCAAUCGAUUAAUCGCCUGGCUAAUAAACAACAGCAGGGACAAGCAAAUUGCUCUGUCAAUUAUCAAGUACGGUGCGGUGCAGCAUCUAGUUGGCAUGCUUCUGGCGCAACACGCGCUAAUGCAAAACGAAGCGAUUCUGGGUCUUACGAUACUGACGAGGAUCUGCCCGGCGGAAUCCGAGGAGUUACUGAUCAAAGCGGGCUUUGGACGUAACAUGUGCGAGUUCUUCGCUCGCGAAAAUCUCGAAGUGCACAUCGUACUGAACGCGUUGUCGCUAUUGGACAGUGUUCUACAAUCAGACCGAUUGAAGGAGCAUCUGAAGAGCUGCGGAUUGGCCAACGCGUGCAAGAUCUUGCAACUGCACAUAAAUGAGAAUUCCGCAACGGAACUGCAGGCCCGGGUUACCAAUUUGCGAGCGGCGCUGGGCACCGCCUUGGGAACCAACUGCGACUAGAGACGACGACGACGACGACGAUGAUGACAAUGACCAACUCGGAACCUAACGCGUUCAUACGCGCUGCCAUUCUCUUACCGUUGUAUCUUCCAUCAUUCCAAAGAACCAUACAGACUUCUUCAAUGACCAAAUCGUCCCAACUUGAUCCACAGAUUGCAAAAAAUAUUUUAUUUAUCGAGAAAUAUAUAUAUUCCAUUGAUGUAUA